GUAAGGGGACGCUCGGUGUCGUGAAACGCGGAGAGGUCGCUGUUGGCAAAGUGGGAACAGAUCCAUUGUGGAUCCGACUGAGCCGCAGACAGACAGGUCCGUGCUGCGGACAGACAGUUCCGUGCUGCCGCUCCGCGGACAUAAAGCGACUCCUGACGGAAUAAUAACAAUAAUAACACGGAUGUUAAUGACGUCAGCGGCCGACGGUAUCCGUCGUGAGGAGGACGUGAAGGAGGACCUCCGGGAUCUCAAGAGUUAAGACAUCACAACUGUUUAUUUCUGAGGGGCUAACAGGCUAACCGGCUAACGCUCUGAAACAUAAUAACACACCGCGGGUCGUAGCUCCUCAGAUCUCCUUCCCCUCGUCGAAAAGUACCCGGAAUAUUCCGGGCAUAUUCCGCAAAGGAGCGACGGUGAUCGGGCCGCGUGCGAAAGUUUGGGACCGAUGAGGAGCGGAAAGAUUCAGGCUGCCGUCUGAUUGGACACCAUGAUUGACGGGCGGCCGUCCGGCCCCGGCCCCGCUCACCCUCGACCCCGCCCCCUGCUCUAGACGGCCUCCCCAUGUCGGCGUGUCUAGACUAGCUCCCUCCCUCCCUGACCCUUGACCCCCCCUGACCCUGGCGUGCCCCACCAUGCUGCGCAUGCUGCCCCUGAAGCUGGGGCGCGUGUACCGCUGCGUGAAGCUGCUGGCGGUGGUGGGCCUGCUGGUCAUCCUGCUGAUGAACACCCACAGCCUGCUGGCGUCCUUCCAGAAGAACGAGCUCACGGACCGCCGCUUCAUCAACCUCAACAAGUGCCCCGCCUGCUUCGGCACCAGCUGGUGCCGCAAGUUCAUGAACGGCCAGGUGUCGUUCGAGGCCUGGGGCCGCCUGCGCUUCCUCGACGUGUUCAACGUGAAGAACGUGUACUUUGCGCAGUACGGCGAGCCGCGCGAGGGCACGCGCCGCGUGGUGCUGAAGAGGCUGGGCUCCAACCAGGAGCUGGCCGACAUCGACCAGAAGAUCUGCAAGCGGGCGACGGGGCGCUCGCGCUGCGACCUCAUCCAGGGCGUGUACAAGACGGAGUUCGCCCGGCUGAACGGCGAGGUUCGCCUGCUGACGCCCGAGGUGGUGGAGGGCUGGUCGGACCUGGUGCACUGCCCCUCCCAGAGGCUGCUGGACCGGGUGGUGCGGCGCUACGCCGAGACCAAGGACUCGGGCAGCUUCCUGCUCAAGAACCUCAAGGACACGGAGAAGAUGCAGCUGCUGAUGACGCUCGCCUUCAACCCAGAGCCUCUGGUCCUACAGAGCUUCCCAUCCGACGAGGGCUGGCCGUUCGCUAAGUACCUGGGGGCGUGCGGGCGCGUGGUGGCGGUGAACUACGUGGGCGAGGAGCUGUGGAGCUUCUACAACGCGCCGUGGGAGAAGAGGGUGGACCUGGCCCGGCAGCUCAUGGACAUCGCCGAGCAGCUCACCAACAACGACUUCGACUUCGCCCUCUACCUGCUGGACGUCAGCUUCGACAACUUCGCCGUCGGUCCGCGGGACGGCAAGGUGAUCGUGGUGGACGCCGAGAACGUCCUGGUGGCCGACAAGAGGCUGAUCAAGCAGAGUGAGUCCUCCUCCUCGUCUUAAUCCUCCUCCUCCUCUUCCUCCUUCUUCUCCUUCUCCUUCCCCUCCUCAUUUGCCUUCUCCUCAUUCUCUUCUCCUCCUCCUCAUCCCCCCCCCCUCC